GCUCGCACAUUCCCACUAACACCAUGGAACCGUACGAAUUCCCCAAAAUCCACUCGUUCCCACCCAUGUACACACAACAGCCUAAUGCCACCAUUCUAGACAAUCAGCUUGGGUCCUGGUGCGAUAUAAUACUCUCGUAUUGCGAAUACUACAAGAUAAGUUCCAUCACUCUCACAGGGACCGUUAUCUACUCGCAAUUUGACGAUUUGGACAUAACCCAAUUACCACCGGUAUUUGAGAACAAAGCCAUCGAUAGGGCUGUGAACGAUGAGUUCAAGUCGACGAUAUUCCGCCACUUGAUCCACAAACUGAAAAAAGCCGAGUACAUCAAUGCCAAACUGCCUGAAGCAGGGGUGCUCAUAUAUUGGAGGUCACUAGUUGACUGGGCCAACCUUAUCCACGAUUUCGUGGAAAACACGGGGCAACUGGGAACGGUUCUCACGGUGUACGAAUUGACGAAACUGGAAGAUUCAGGUCUUCCUGCUGACUUGAAGAAUUUUGACUAUAAUAUGUUGGUAAAAGUGCUAAAAAAUGUGUUGAUCAAACAGGGAAAAGCGCAGAUAUUGAUGAGCGAAGACGACCCCGAACAGAUUGGUGGAGUGAAGAUUGUGUAAGUAAUAGACACGGGUUAUGAGAACAAACGAAUGGAAUGUAGCUCAAGAACAAUGCCGUGAAGCAGGUGAUUUUGUAUAAGUUGUCUGCUUCUUCAGCUUGCCGAUGGCCGGCUGAAUAGGCAAAUAUGAACCUUCUGCAACUUAGGUGUUUUUGGAGAGAUUCAGCCCACUCCCAUAAAACGUAUACAGUUGCACACAUGGUGGCGGAUGAAACAGCUUUCCGAAUGCGGCAGUCGACGCCAGAGACUCAUCGCGUCU